AUGAUCGAUCAAUCGAUAUAUAAGCCCCACUACAACCAAUCAUCUUCAGUAAGGAUUAACGGCCAACAGAGAAUACUCAAUGCGAAGAAAUAUUUUUCCAGUGUCAAUCGAAGUGUUAACCAGACCAGUGAUCUUGGGCGGCAGUCAAUCGCCGCCCAAACCGACUUCUCCUCGUUGCUCACGAAGCAACUCAUCUCCAGCCACGUAAAGGACAACAACUUCGUAUUCUCGCCCCUCUCAAUUCACGUCGUGCUGGCCAUGGUCGCGGUUGGGUCGGGCCGCCCUGCACGCAAACAGCUCCUGCGCUACCUCAUGUUCGAUUCGAUCGAGGACCUCAAUUCCCUAUCGUCGCAGAUCGCCACCUGCCUGCUAGCCGACGGCGGGCCGCUCGGCGGCCCUCUCCUGUCCAUCGCCAACGGGGUUUGGGUCGAACGCAGCCUUGUCCUGAAGCCCGAUUUCAAAGAAAUCAUCAAGAAUGCUUAUCGGACGCAUGCCGUCUUGUGUUGUGCUCACCCUGUCAUGUGCUCCAAGGACCAAUUCGCGCUCGCCUUUGACGAUUUUAAGGUUCUAAAGCUACUGUACCAGAAGGGAAAGGACACGCGGGCAUUCUCCAUGUACUUCUUUCUUCCCAAUGCCAGGGAAAUUCGGCUCGACUUCUGGGUUCAUAGAGCGCCACACACCACAUCAAAGAGUGAAAAUGGGGUACUUUGGUCUCCCCAGGCAUGCGUAGAGGUGGAAGAACAGGGCACGGAGGCUGCAGCAGUUUCGGAUUCAAUGUUGGAGGCUACAUGUUCGAGGUACAGGCCCGUGGACUUGUUUGACUUUGUAGCUGACCAUCCUUUCCUCUUUGUAAUAAGGGAGGAGACCAAUGGUGUUGUGCUCUUUGUUGGCCAAGUUGUGAAUCCUCUGCUGUCUGUCUGA